GCACAACCAGAACCACAAGCAACAGCCACAGAAUCAAACCGUGACGCAAACCACACACAGCGAUCCCGCCUCGUCCUCAACCACCACCACCAAAUGAUCGAAAGCUGUCCGCAAACCCUCCGCAAGCUGUAUUGCCUCGACUCCAAGCCAAUCCCGGCUUGUUGCCUCAACCUUUUUCAAACCUUUCGUUUAUUGUUUUCCCGCCGGUUCCAGGCUAUACCUAACCCGGUUAGUGCAGGCGCAUUCGCUCUGUGGUAUGCACCGUUAAGAAGCAUUUCGCCAGUGACAAGUGGGUGGUGGUGGUGUUUCCGUCCUGGACUCUAUUGCUGGCCGGUCUUCUCGCCCACCCACCCUCCUCCCUCCUCGUUUCUCCGUCGUUGCCCGUUAAGACCCCAACUACUCAACUCGCCCACACACCUACCACUACCCCCCCCCGCUGUACCCUCAUGCAUCUCCUCUUCGUCUACCUGUCACUAUUCUCCUCUGCCCUUGUCCUCUGAACGCAACUUCCUUCAAUCCCUCUUCUCCCCCUCCCCCCAACCCGCUCCUGCACGUCGCAACUCGCCCGCUUCUCGUUCCUCACCCGCUUCUGCUUACACCAACCAACUCGCCAAACCAAACAUCCCCUCCUACCAAAAACCUACUUCCGCUUGAUCUCUAUCCUACCUACCUACCUCACCCGUUACAACUACCCUCUUCUUCGGAAUGGUCUCCCCGCGCCGCCGAUCAUCUCGGGCGCGGUCUACUACCCACCAGAUUGCAGCAUCCUCCUCAUCAUCGUCCUCCUCCUCUCGGAACCGCAUCAGCAGACACCGUCCCGACGAAGACACGCUCGUAGACCUGGACUCCACCUUCCAGCGAGUCCCCGAUGCCGACAUCGACGAAGCCAACGACGAUUCACACACGGCCGAGAGUGUCGUCGACGAAGCGAUGGAGGAUGCUGGCGACGCCGAGGACGAGAUUACGCGCUGCAUCUGCGG